GUGACCGUUACCUAUAGUGCCCAGUCCUUGAGUUUGUUCUCACUCUUGUGUGUGAGCUUCUCGCAGACAUGGCUUCCCUCGUCCGCCUGCUGGAAUGGAUCUUCUUCUUCUACUUCUUCUCCCACAUCCCAAUAACACUGCUGGUGGAUCUGCAGCCAAUCCUGCCUUCCAGCUGGUACCCACAGGAGGUAAGUACCUCUCACUGCCAGGGAAACUUACCGCAAAGACUUUACAUACCAACAUUCCACUACUACAGUAUGAGAGGGAGAGUAUAUACCAACAUUCCACUACUACAGUAUGAGAGGGAGAGUAUAUACCAACAUUCCACUACUACAGUAUGAGAGGGAGAGUAUAUACCAACAUUCCACUACUACAGUAUGAGAGGGAGAGUAUAUACCAACAUUCCACUACUACAGUAUGAGAGGGAGAGUACAUACCAACAUUCCACUACUACAGUAUGAGAGGGAGAGUACAUACCAACAUUCCACUACUACAGUGUGAGAGGGGAGAGUACAUACCAACAUUCCACUACUACAGUAUGAGAGGGAGAGUAUAUACCAACAUUCCACUACUACAGUAUGAGAGGGAGAGUAUAUACCAACAUUCCACUACUACAGUAUGAGAGGGAGAGUAUAUACCAACAUUCCACUACUACAGUAUGAGAGGGAGAGUAUAUACCAACAUUCCACUACUACAGUAUGAGAGGGAGAGUACAUACCAACAUUCCACUACUACAGUAUGAGAGGGAGAGUACAUACCAACAUUCCACUACUACAGUGUGAGAGGGGAGAGUACAUACCAACAUUCCACUACUACAGUGUGAGAGGGGAGAGUACAUACCAACAUUCCACUACUACAGUGUGAGAGGGAGAGUAUAUACCAACAUCCCACUACUACAGUAUGAGAGGGGAGAGUACAUACCAACAUCCCACUACUACAGUAUGAGAGGGGAGAAUACAUACCAACAUCCCACUACUACAGUAUGAGAGGGGAGAGUACAUGCAAACAUCCCACUACUACAGUAUGAGAGGGGAGAGUACAUACAAACAUCCCACUACUACAGUAUGAGAGGGGAGAGUACAUGCAAACAUCCCACUACUACAGUAUGAGAGGGGAGAGUACAUGCAAACAUCCCACUACUACAGUAUGAGAGGGGAGAGUACAUGCAAACAUCCCACUACUACAGUAUGAGAGUUGAGAGUACAUGCAAACUUCCCACUACUACAGUAUGAGAGUUGAGAGUACAUAUAAACUUCCCACUACUACAGUAUGAGAGGGGAGAGUACAUACAAACUUCCCACUACUACAGUAUGAGAAUAUAUACAAACAUCCCACUACUACAGUAUGAGAGGGGAUAUUAUAAAUAAACAAACAUCCCACUACAUUAUGUAUAUAGCUCUGUCUAACACACCAUGUGUUACCUUACAAUGUAUAACAUUAUGAAAUCAUUUAUAUUUAUAAUUAUCUUUAUGUGACAAUAAAACCUUAUCACAUUAUAAUCUGCACAUAUGCUGCAGACUUGUUUAUUAUUUCUUCCGAAAUUACACCACAUUACUGCAAGAGGAAGAGGGUUAGGGAAGUCUAUAUUGAGAGCAAUUCUGAAAAUUUGAAGCGGGGGGCGCAAUGUAUAUGAGAAGGUGUAGCAUCCACAAAAAAGUAUGGGUAGGAAAGCAAUGUUUGUCCAUCUCGGUACAGUACACUAAUCAUAUCACACACAAAAAUGAAUAGAUGACAUCAUAUUUUAAUGUAUUUGAAUCAUAGUGGCUGCCCAGUCUUGUCUUUAAAAUGAUUAAUUGUGGGUAGCCACUAUGAAUGAGAUGAGGCAGUGAGAACCUAAGGCAUGGGUAGGCAACCUUUCGGCACUCCAGAUGUUGGGGACUCUAUCUCCCAUUAUGCUUUUACAGCCAUAAUGUUUGCAAAGCAUCAGGGGAGAUGUAGUCCAAAAUAUCUGGCAUGCCAGAUGUUGCUUGUUGAAUCUUAGAUUAGGGCUAGUGCGGUUUAUGACAGUGGGGUUCCUCACGUUGGGCAUCCUAGGUUAGGGUUAGUUGUGUUCACGAUAGUGGGAUCUAAAUUUUAGGGAUGUUUGGUUGAGAGGGUCAGAAUUGGCUCCUGUUAGCAUCUUUUAGAAUUUUACACUUUCUCUAUUUCCAAACAAAUCUUCCAUUAUUUAUCUGAUGGGUUUUCCCUUAAAUACCUACUGGUUUACAGUUGUCAUAAACCUGUGUCACCCCAUUUGGUGGAGGUGGUACCUUGUCCCGCACAGCAUAGAUGGAAUGUUCGGUGCAUAUUUCCAAUUACUGUUUUCAUGACACUGGUUUCAAGAGUUUUUAUACUUGAAAUAACGAAAUUUGAGUAUUUGUUGGCCUAAUCUAUUUUAUUCCUUUUCCAUCAAUUUGAAACAUUUUUCCCAACAAAUUUCUUCUUUCAUGACAAUAGUUGUCACGUAAUUUAAGACAUUGGAAUGUUAUUGUACUAUGCUUUUAAAAUAAAAAUAAAAGCCACAGUCAUAUUUUAUUGCCAAGGAGCUUGUUCAUGCUCUGGUAUUACUGAUUACUGUAAUCCUUUCCUAGUUGGUCUCCCCAAAAGCCAAACUUCCCCGCUACAAUCGGUAAUGAAUGCUGCUGCCAGGCUGAUCUUUCUCCCCCUUCGUUCCUCCCAUACCUCGCUCCUGUGUCGAUCCUUACACUGACUACCCCUUACCUAUAAAGCUCUAACCCCUCUUACAUUUCUUCCCUGAUUCAUAGGUAUGCCCCUUCUCGGUCUCUCCGCUCUGCCAGUGACCUUCUUCUGUCCGCUGCUCACACCCUUACUGCCAACUCAUGCUUGCAGGACUUCUCGCAGGUGGCUGCAUUCCUUUGGAACGGCCUGCCUACCCCCAUCAGACUCUCCCCUAGUCUUCAAUUGUUUAAGAGGUCCCUUUAAAACACAUCUGUUCAUAAAUGUUUAUGGACUCCCAGAGUAACUUAUCUAUACUUCUCCAUAUCUGUAUCUUGCUCUUCUAAAGAGCCACACACCACUCUCACUUCCAGUUCUGCUACUUUUCCACCUUGUUUGGUGGCUGUCACCCUUACUGCCCUGUUGUGUAUUUGUACCCCACCUCACUGUAAGCUCGUUUUGAGUAGGAUCCUCAUCUACCUUUUAUUUCUGUGUCACUGUAUAAUUGUUUUUAUUGUAAAUCCCCCCCCACCCCUUCAUAAUAUUGUAAAGCACUGUAGAAUUAGUUGGCGCUAUAUAAAUGCCAAUAAUAAUAAUGCAAGAAUGGAGUCGAGUAGUACGGUGUCCCAUUGAUGCGUUAUGGGAAUAAUGCAUCAAAGUAUAUGCAAAUACUAUGAUGUCUGCAAAAAUCAGGAAGUGACUGACAUCUCUCACCUAAUCCUGGUCUCCCUAUUGUCAUUUUGAUUGGACACUCCGGUUGAAAAACAUGAAUGAAACUACCUGAGCAGAAUAUUCAUGGUUUUACUAAACUAAGCUAUUAGGAUGCAGUUAUGCCUUUCUAGCAUGACCAUUAAUACCUAGUCAUCAUUUGGCGAUACACAAAAUGUCUAAGGCUGAGAUGUGAGCUGAAUUAGAUAUAAUGGUCUUUAACCAAUAUUUGGAGGGUUGUGGGUGGGGUGGAUAUUGCAGUCUGAUAGCUGGCGCACAGAACACAGGUCAAUGUUUGACCUGGGUUAUUGCUCCCUCUGUCAGUUAUCUCUCUUCAAAUAGUCUACUGUUGACUUAUGUACAAAGCCUUUGCCCUCAAAAAAUAUGACUGGCUUUUCCGGUUUUCCUUGUUUCACAUAUCCAGGGAGUCUGCUUUCCUGUUCAAAACGCUCUGGGGUUUGUUCGCUAAACAAAAAUAUAGGUCAAAUAGAUGAAUUUGGGAAACCGACUACUUUCCCAAUUUAAGCCUUAUAUUUAUGCAAUCGGUUUAUGUUUUUAGAAAAAGAGCUUUUCUAGAGAACAUUUUCAGCUGUAAAAAAAAUAUAAAAAGGAUAUCCUAAAAGUGCCUGUAACGGCACCAUUGUAGAGAUUUUUCAUAUUGUACAAUUACUGUGAGCCACAAUGCACGCUCAGUAAGGUUAUUUGUGUGAUUAGGUGUAGAUAAUAAUCUUUAAUUCAAAGUUCAUGCUUAGAUAGGGACUUGCUGAAUCACAGCGCAGAGUAGCCUGUAAUCUUUAUCAUGGGCCCGUCACCUUUUAACAUAAUUUGCAACAUUCCAAAGAGAGACUUGGCCAGUAAAACAGUGUGUAAUUUUUAGACAGUUUUUCAAAAUUAAAGGCAGUCAAAGUUGAUAUAUUAUUACAACACCCAAGCAUGUAUUGCCAGUAAAUCAUAUCUGAAACUUUACAUCCUAUGUAUGACCGUACAUUGUAUAGCGGUAGUCCCAACGCAAUCCUCAAGGCUAACUAGUCUAGGAGCAAAAAACACACAAGCUUACAAAAUAAUGCAAAGUACCAAAAGCAAAUAGGUGCAAAAAUAAAUGUGGCUCAUCUGACCACACUGAAUACCAAGUUUCAAACUACCUCUGGAAACAGCAUUGCAAUUCUAUGAUCAAUGUCUUGCACUCCUCUUAUAGUUUGUAGACCAUUGGUAAUGCAAUAUGUUCUGAUGAGACCAUCCUCCUGCAUAGUACCAUCUGUAAGAUGUGGAAGAACAAAGGUCUCUGGUUCAGGCUGUGAACCUUAGUUUAGUAGUGAAGAGACAUCUUCAGUGGUAUUCCAGACUUUUUUGCUCUUCAGACUUCGUGGUAUCACUUUGAGAAAAGCCAUUUCCUGUUUCAGCAUGUCAGUCAGUGCAAUGCAAAAGUGGUUUGGCAAAAUCUAUUCAAGGGCUUCUUUGGCCCAGACUCCAAUCCCAACCCCAUUGGACAACUUUAAACUGGAAUGCUAGUUGUGAGCCUGAAAUCUUUGCCCAACAUAACUAAUUGAAUCAAAGCAAAUCUUUAGAGCAAUAUUCCAACAUGUAGUGGAAAAUCCUUUUUGGAAGUAGAACCAUUGAUUCCAAUGCAUAAUAGAAAUCCUUCCUCUGCAGACCAACCAGAUCUAAUGUAGCUUAAUUUUAUCCUAAUGCUAAUUAAAUGUUGUAGUAGACUUGUGAGAUGUUUUAGAGUAACAGUUAAAAGGCGAGGAAAGUCACAUCUACAUUUUACAUUGUCAUUAAUACUUUUUUCCUUUGAUUUCUCCCUUAGUUAUUGGAUUUGAUGAAAUGGUACGUUGUCAGUUUUAAAGACCAUAUGAUGAUGAACCCACCUGCUUGGUUUUUGAGCUUUGUGUACUGUGAAGGUCUCGUACAACUUCCUUUCUUCCCUGUAGCAGCAUAUGCUUUUUACAAAGGUAAGUUUUUAAAGGGACACCACUGCCCAAAUGUAAAAAAACAAACAAACAAUAAAUCACUGUUCAUUACAUAUACCCCCACUGAAAACACUAUUUUCUGUUUGAAAUCUGGACCUUUUGUAAAAUGAAGACUUUUAUUUUAUUUUUUACACACACAGCAUUUCAGUAAGUUAAUGUGUUUUAGGGGUCUGGAGUGUCCCUUUAACUAUCCACAUAUUUAUACGAUGUUUUGAUAUGUUUUUUUUUUUUUUUAGCGCCAAUAGCUUAUGUUAGUAUGUAAUGAGUGUUACACAUGAAUUGGUAGGAUAAAAUAUGCAAAUAAAGCUAAGAUGCCCCUACCCCCAAAUUGAGAUUUAAACUUGUAAUGUGGACUAGUCUGCUCUAAUUACUAUAUCUUCAUUUGCACGUUACUGCCAAUAAAACUCAGUACUCUGCUAGACAGACAAAAAUCAGUUAGUAAAUUUUAAAGGGUUACUCCAAGCAGUCUGCUGUAGUGGUUAACAUACCAGGAGUACCCUGGUCCUCUAGUAAUGGGCAGCCUAGGUCCCCAUCUGGCUAAGAGACAACUUGCAUUUCGGAUGAUAUGCUUCCGGGUGCUGCAGAGCUGUAAAAGUCAGAUCCUGAUCCAGUUGCUAUUCAUUGGCUGAGAACAUCAGCUGACCUCUCUCCAAUAAAUGGCACACUGUACAUAAAAAUGUGUACAGAAUUUAAAUUAUCUGGCUAAUGACAACCCUAUAAUGGUGAUGGAGUUACAAAAAGGGGUUAAACUCCUUAAGUGCAGUGUUUCAGUAUGAAAAGCUGCUUCUACAAAAUUCUGGCACCAUGACUACUUCAAAUCAACAAAGUGCACAUGAUGCUUGGAGUAACCCUUUAAACUGCAGUUAUUUCGCGUUUUUUUGUUAUUUUGUUUUUUAGAUUCUGAUGCGUAUCAAGGAUAAAAUGAAUAAUGUUUUGUAUUCUUGCUUUCCAGGUGGCUGUAAAUGGAUAAGAAUUCCAGCCAUUGUCUAUUCGGCUCAUGUUGCCACCACAGUCAUUGCUAUUAUUGCACAUGUUCUCUUCGGAGAAUUUCAAAAAUACAAUGGUGUGGAUCCUCCAAACCAGAAAGAGCGGCUGACUUUGGUCUCAAUUUAUGCACCAUACUUAGUCAUUCCCUUGCUCAUUUUGCUCACGAUGUUAUUUAGUCCACGUUAUAAACAGGAAGAAAAGCGGAAAAGAAGGUAGAAGGUUUAUGUGAAAGCGACUGGUCUGUGGUUACUACAGAACACACAACACAUUCCGUUCAUCAUUUACAGCUGUGGACAACAAUGCGGGCAUAAAGGACUUUCCUAUAUGUUCUGUUUUGAAUUGUGGAUGCCAGUUUGAGUUAGAGACCAGAGGGGGCACUUCACCUCAUUGUCCUUAACAUAAUCCCUGUAAUUGCCAAAACUACAAUACCUUUGGUUUCAGUCAUAAUACAUUAAUGACAAUUUUAAUCUUCCCAUAUUUUAAAUGGACCGUAACCUUUUUCUUUUUAAGAAUAUGAAAAAUUAAUGACCGUGUUCAACAUACAGAUGGGUACUACCCCUUCCUUUCUGGGUGCUUAUUCUGGGCAGAAUUGGUUUUAUAAUUACAUUGUGAAUCGACUCUUUUUUUCCUUUGAUGUCUGCUGGUGUGUUUGUAAUAGUUGCUUUACUAACUUAUUUUACUGUACCAAUUUGUUUAAUGGAAAUGUUUUAAAACUUUCAAAGCCCAAGUUUAUUUUUAAUCAUUGAAAUAAAGUUUUAUAUUGUAAA